AUGCGACUGCUCAGGCUGACCCUCGGCUUGAUCCUCUUUGGCUUCUCCUGGGGCUGCGGAGUUCCUGCCAUUAAACCAUCACUGAGCUUCAGCCAGAGGAUUGUCAACGGGGAGAAUGCUGUGCCAGGCUCCUGGCCCUGGCAGGUUUCCCUGCAGGACAGCAAUGGCUUCCACUUCUGUGGUGGCUCUCUCAUCAACCAGUACUGGGUGGUCACUGCUGCCCACUGCAGUGUCAGUCCUGGGCGCCACUUUGCUGUCCUGGGUGAGUACGACCGAUCGUCUAGCACCGAGCCUGUGCAGGUACUAUCCAUCUCAAAGGCUAUUACACACCCAAGCUGGAACCCCACCACUCUGAACAAUGACCUAACGCUCUUGAAGCUCGCCUCACCAGCACGAUACACAACCUACAUCUCACCAGUCUGCCUGGCUUCCUCAAAUGAGGCACUGCCUCAAGGCCUCACAUGUGUCACCACUGGCUGGGGACGCCUCAGUGGCGUGGGCAAUGUGACACCAGCACGUCUGCAGCAGGUGGUUCUACCUCUAGUCACCGUGAAUCAAUGCCGGCAGUACUGGGGCUCACGUAUCACUGACUCCAUGAUCUGUGCAGGUGCCUCAGGUGCCUCUUCAUGCCAGGGUGACUCUGGAGGCCCUCUUGUGUGCCGGAAGGGGAACACAUGGGUGCUUAUUGGUGUUGUCUCCUGGGGCACCAAUAAUUGUGAUGUGCAAGCACCUGCCAUGUACACUCGAGUUAGCAAGUUCAACACUUGGAUCAAUCAGGUCAUAGCCUACAACUGAGCCUACCACAGGCUCCCUCCCCAUUUCAAUCCAAUAAAAGACUCUAGUCUCUGUCC